CCAUCACACCCACAACAACAUCUGCGGAUCGGCUGAGGUGAAAGUGGAGAUGAACACACCGCUGACUGGAUGAUCAACCGCUGGACACUUAAAGACAAGAUGAAUGAUUGCUUGGUGACACCUCUGACCCCCGCCACCAACAACACCACAGCACGUUUCCAUGAGGAUGAUGCGUUCAAGUACCACGCCUACAUCGUCACCUACCUGGUGGUGUUUCCUGUGGCAUUCCUCUGUAAUGUCGGUGCACUGGUGGUUUUCUUCCGGCAGACCAGCCGCAGAAGCUCCGCCUCCUGCGUGGUCAUGAUGAAUCUGGCCAUAUCCGACAGCAGCUUCUCGCUCACCCUCCCGCUGCGAUUGGCUUAUUACAUCAGAGGUGGUGAGUGGCACUUCCCUGAUUGGCUGUGCCGACUGUGCGUCUACGGCUUCUACGUCAACCUGUACAGCAGCAUCCUCCUCCUCACUCUCCUGAGCUUGCUGCGCUGGUUGGCGGUGGUGCAACCUCUCCGCCAUCGCUCUCUGGCCACGCCCACUCGAACCUUAUUUGUCUGUGUGGGAAUUUGGUUGUUUGUGGGCGUGGCCUCAGGUCCCUUCCUGACCAAUGGGGUGACAUACAGGCAGGGGUCCCCUCGCUGCUUUGAGCCCUCCGACUCCACCUCGUGGUCGCGCAUCCUCAUCUUAAACUACGUGGGUCUGGUUUUCGGCUUCCUCCUGCCCUUCUUCACCAUCAUCUUCUGCUACAGCGCAAUCAUCCGCCGCCUGAUGGCCUCCUCCGGCCCCCAAGGCAGCAGCCUGGCCAGCCACAGCCGCACCCGUAACCGGAGGCGCUCAGUGCACCUGGUUUCCAUGGUGACAGCGACCUUCCUGCUCUGCUUCCUGCCCUACCACUUGAUUCGGACGCUGCACUUGCACGCCGUGUGCGGCGGAUGGCGCUGUGAUGUGAUGCUGAAUCUGCAGCGCGGCGUGGCGGUCACGCUGUGUCUGGCAGCGUCCAACAGCAUGGUCAACCCCCUGCUGUACUACUACUCCACCAGGACGUUCAGAGACAGCAUGAGGGACGCUCACUCCUCCCUGAUGUCCAGCAGAGCGGGUUCCUUCAGGAACAGGUCGUACCUGCAGAACAGAAGGAACACCACCUGAUGGACCAGAACAUCCUCUGAUCCUGGACGGAGGCCUGUGGCCGUCCUCUGAUUGAACAUCUGUGAGGAUGUCCCUUUGGGAAGAUCCCGCUUGUCCCAUCUAUUAAUGAAGGAAAAGCUUAUGGGAGCUGGACGUGAAGACAGUGGUCCUUCAAGAGGGUCUACGCCUCACUGAGGACGUCCAGAUGCUGUCACUAAGAGAAGGUUUACAUGCAUAUGUGAUAAAUCAGCUGGGACUAGAGAAGCGUUGAUCUGAUCUGACCUCGUUGAUCAUCUAACCGACCUGCAAAGACUUCAAAGCUGAAACUCAGGAGAUUUAUGCAGGACAACAGCGCCCUCUGCUGGCCGACCUUCGUGUUGUUUCUGACUUUGUUGACAGAAAAUAAGCUGAAACUCUUCCUUCGUGAAGGAUUUUAACCCUUUGAGCCCCGUGGCUGUGUUAAAAAAGCUGCAUCCUCAUGAGAUGAGUAGACCUCUGCAACCACGUGGUCCAUAGAAAUGCUGUCAUAGCAAAGGUGGAUUUGUUAAGAUGUUUAAGUACCAGUUAAUGUGCUACUGGUUAAAUAAAAUGAAGUUCCAGGCUUGCCUGAAAAUACAGCUAAAAAAAGAAGGAAGAGAAACCAUGUCAGCUGAAUUUAAGAUUCAUAUGUUAAAUAUUUAUAUUGUUCACGUUGUUGUUGUUCUUUUUGUUUAGUUUUUUUUAGGUUUCCUUUCUUGUGUGACUUGCACAUGUUGGAAAAUAAAACAGACAUUCAUUGACAUGAAGGCUUCGAUGCAGACAGUCGCUCCAUCGAAGUCCUCUAACUGGGGAACCUUGUGUUUUACAAGCCAUGCACGUUUCACUGGCUCAUACCGAAUCUUUAAAAUCCCACAUCACAUGGUCCUGCUUCACCACAUUAGAGCAGCAAAUCCUGAAAAUAACGCCCAUUUGCUGCUAAAGGAAAGCUUUGUUUCUCCGAGGCGGCCCGGAGUUUGAGAUGAUUGACAGACUUCAUCCUUCAGAAGGAACCUGCAGACCUCCACCCUGACCAACGUGUAGGCUUUCUGAUAGAAAGUGUAGCGUGAAAUUUAUUGAACUUAUUGGUGGAAAUGAAGGUUAGCAGUGUGUUUAUUACUGUUAUUAACACUUUGCUUGUGUAAACAGGAAACAUUCUUGUAUGAAGGCCUCCUCUCUGUUCAAUCCACAGUUUGUCUUUAAUAUCAGCUGUUGCUCUUCAUCUGUAUGAGAAUAACACAGAAUAUAAACCAUGUUCUCCAGGAAGAUGUCUUCUUCUAAUUCUGUUGAUGA